UUUCAAAUGCCUUAACUGCUAUUAGGUCGAAAUUAGCAGCUCCACAUAGGUUAGAAAUUUCAAAAAGGGAAUUAAUGAUGUGUAAGCAAAGAAAUAACGAAACUGUUAGAGAAUUCAUGACUCGGUUAGUCCCAUUAGUACGGGCCACUUUUGAAAAUGAAACUGAAGCACAGAAGCAGGCCAAAAUUCGCGAAGAAUUUUUAGAGAGAUUAAGGCCUAAUAUAAGCUUUCUAAUUAGAAUAGUAGGAUCUGCCAAGGACCUAGAUGAAUUAUACGCAAAGGCACAAGAAAUAGAAGUAUUAACCGCGACUAACGAAUCGUUUUCACUUGACAACCCGAGGGGUUUAGCUAAUUCAAUUAACAUAAUUCAAAACCCUAAACUUCCUGAAACUAAUAUUAAUUCCUGGGUACGAAAUCCAAAUCAGAAUAAUCAAUAUCAAUCAUCAUCAACCAAUAUCAAUCAUCAUCAACCAAUUUUUUCACUUCGCGAAUUUAAACCUUAUAUUUUUAUGUCCGAUGUCGAGCUACACACAGAUCAUAAACCUCUAGCUUAUUUAUUAAAGAAAGCUGAGGCACACCCACACCUCGCUAGAUGGCUAAUAGAACUCCAAUCUUAUCAAAUAAAAAUAGUUCAUAUAGCGGGAAAACAAAACUCGUUAGCAGACGCACUAUCUAGGAUUAAUGAAGAAGAACCUGAAAAAGUUGGAAACCUAAAAGAGUUGGAAGACAUCGCAGAAUUCCCAGUGUGUUUAGCGAUAAAACCUAGUAAGACAAUAAAGGGCAAUCAUUUACAGUAGAAAUUAAAACCGAACAAAGGGAAGAUCCGGAAGCAAAAGCAUAUAUAGACUUUUUAGAAAAUGGUACUACCCCAGUCGGAUUCACAGAAGCAGAAAUCGCUAGUUUUAUUAACAGAGCG